AUGAGAGUAAUUGAAAGUUUGAAAUGAACUUUGGGCUUCAUUUUUUUAUCACAUUCAGAAAUUACUUCGAGCGGGCGACCACCAAAUUACAUACGAUCGAAUUCAGAGCCUUCGCGCACUUUGGGCAGCUCUCCCACGCGUACGGAUUACGGUAUAUGCCGUCGUGGGGCGUGAAAAGGUGUGCGGGUACACUAGCGCUCCCCAGUGGUUCACUACGAUUUUGGGACUCAAAUUCUUUUUUUAAUUCUUUUUUUAAAUUAAAUAAUAAGUUUUUCUUUUUUUGUUGUUUACGCCGCGUUCAUAGUAAAUUUGGAGAUCUCAAAAUGAUCUCCAAAAUUUUCUUUAUAUUUAUCACUCUCUGCCGACCGUUUCGAGUUCGCCGAAAUUAAUUCAAGAAGCAAUAAUUUAAAAAAAUUUCUCAGCUUUCUCUAUUUCUUUUGGUGUGGAUGCUAAAUAAAAGAUGUGCCUUCACUUUCAACGAAACUUCUUCGAAUUAAAAUUCAUUUUUCGUAAAUUCCGUUUUCAAAGUAAUUCGCGAAAAAUGAUCUCUGACUCUCCAAAAUUUAGUUAUAUUUUUCUUUCUCUGACUGCUAUUUUGCAUUUCGCGAAAUUACUUUGAACACGGCAUAAAUAUGGUCUGUUCAGAUUUUUAAUUUCAAGCAGCUAACUCCACCCCCAAGGCUACAAUAUCUUUCGCGUCAAUUUUUUAUCACACAGAUGACGACGGCCCUUUAAUAAGGCUGCAUUUUUUACUUCUUUUCUAUAUUUUAGAUCAAAAAAGAUCAAAAUUAGUCUCGCGCGAUAAAACAUCGACGCGAAAAGGUACCGUCUCAGCAGGGGCGGAGUUAGCUGGUUGGCAUUCAAAAUCUGAACAGACUACAAAAGCUCUUUUUAAGGAUCGUAAAGCAUCUUUCCAUCGAAUCACUGCUUUUUUUUUUGUCUACGGCUUCGAAACAUACAUGGAAUGAGCAUGACUGGCGACAACACUAAGAAUAACUGCUGAGAUGAACGCGAGACGCUGGCGGUACAUUGACGAACCCCCCAAACAUCUCGCUUUUUUUCUAGCAUUUUUCUGGGCGCGAGCUCGCAUUUAUCUCGCAAUUUGAAAAUUUUCUGAAAUGCAAGAUAAAUGCGAGGUCGCGCCGACAAAAAUGCGAGAUCGCGCCUAGAAAAAGCGACGGUGGUAUGAAAAAAAGACCAGCGAAAAUUCAAAUGGCGACUUUUCCGAUUUUUUCAUAUUGCUAGGGAACUUUCCGACGGCCACCUUUCCGACGAAUCCCUUUCCGACUUUUUUUUCCCGAUAAAAUAUUCGUUUUAAAUUUCCUAUAUAAAGUAGGUAGUUGGUUCAUGAUUAAAAACACAAAAAAAUAGGGAAAAAGUAAAUAGAUGUCUUAUAAACCGAAAAAUAUAAGGGAAAAAAGUCGAAAAAAAUUUCGUCGGAAAGUUCCCUAGCGAUAUGAAAAAAUCGGAAAAGUCGCCGUUUCAAUUUUCGCUGGUCUUUUUUUCAUACCACCAAAGCGACAUGUUUGCGAGUUCUUCAAUGUACCGCCACCGACCUCGCGUUUAUCUCGUCAGUUAUUCUUAAUUCAAGUCCUCGAUAUACUCCGUUAAGAUUUUGAAUUUCAAGUAGAAUGACGUCUCGAAGAAAGUUUAAUAGUAAAUCAGUUUUUAUCAAAACAAUUAUUAAAAGAAUAUAUCUAAUCCCGAAAAGAAUAUAUCUAAUCCCCAAGAAUGAAAGCUCUCUGAGGAUGACUCGCUCUCUGAUUGGUUUAUCGCGCCAUUAGUGGGCGGAGCUUGAGCGAGGACUUGACAUUUAAAAUCUGAACAGACUAUACUUCGAGGCUGGCGCGUACUAAGCCUUUCUGAAGUCUAUUCACCCACUAGUUGACGUUGAAGGGGCAAACUAGACUAAUUCGAUGGCGCUGAAUCCAAAAAUGGAAAGCGUUUUUUUUAACCGAUCAAGUUUAACUAAGAAAAAAAAAACCGCUUGAGCGUACGCCCAGAAAAUUUUUUUUUUACGAUUUUUGCCACCCCCCCGCCCCCUUUCCACUUUUUUCUCAUUUUAUUGUCAAGUCCCCUCCCCUUUUUCAGGUCCGACAGAGACUAUCCCAUGUAUGCUUCAAAAGAUGAAGAAUUUUUCAUGUUUAGAGUGGUGAAUAUUGGAAUAUUGUGGUUUUUGUUAUCCAUGGAGAAAAAAAAAGCAAAACGGAAGUGUAAAGUACUCUGAUUUUUCUUCUUUUUUUUUAGAAUAGGUCAACAGACAAACAGCCAUUUUCAACGCUUUUUCAGCGCAUGCCCGCCUACUUGUUCAAAGCUUCCAGUUGCGCAGGCUAGGCGACUUGGUCCGGGCUUAAUUUUGUGAGAUGAGCAAAAGUUCUUGUCAUUAAUGUCAACAGCGCGGUUUAAUCCAGGCGGUAAGCUUGCGCCGGAAAAUUUUCAACAGGGCUGAACUGGCGCACUUGACUUCUGUAAUUUCAUACUUCAAAACAAUUGUUUUUAAACGGGCUGUAAGCUUGCUCUCUCAGAAUGAUAGAAAUUUUUAAUUAAUUUCUCUCUUGCUAUUUGUCAAUUUUUUUUUUCCAUUUUCAGUGAAGUUUACGAGUUGAAUUUUUUCUUUCCGUGUUCGAGACAUAACAGAAGCUGUGUCAGCUUGAUAUCUUGUAUCUUUUAUUCCAUGUUCAGAAUGAUAUCCGCAAUAUUAUUAAGUUAUCUCUGAUUAUCCAAAAUCUAGUAUUUUUUACACCCGGAUGGUUUUUUUUUUAAACUGUUAAAACUGUUAAUUGCAUCUUUAAUGUAAGAAUACAUGUGCAAUCGACUUUCAUUGGUUUUAACUGUGUUUAAACGGCGGCAGGAGCUGUGGCUUAGGCAGAGAAGUUGUGAAUUUCGCUCGUAGGACAUCAGGUGCGGACGUUAGAAAUGAGUUAUGCCAGCUGAGCUAUGCCGCCCCUUUUAAAACUAUUUCUACGUAAUUUUGUCGUUUUCCUCAUUGUUUGUUCUAUAUUCAAAGUAUUCCGCGUUAUCCAAAAAAUCCGCCAGAGAAAACAAAGACAACUGACAAGAUUUGGAAUCAGAAAAUUUAGCAUUUCGCGCGAUUUACUUUGAACAAGCCAUUCGAUCGAGAGCUAAAGUUCUCUUCUAAUCUUUUUGAUUGAUAAUUUAUCUGAUUCAUAAUUUUAUCUUUUAGCUUGGUAUCCGCUAAUAAUGGCGGUCGGAAAGAAUAACAACAAAAUGGGCAAAAAGGGAGGCAAGAAGAAGGCAGUAGACCCUUUCUCGCGAAAAAGAGUGGUAUGACAUCAAGGCUCCUAAGAUGUUCUCGACGCGUCAGGUACUUUUUUUCUUUCAUUCAUUUAAUGAAUUUAUUUGCUUAGUUUGAUUCUAUCCAGAUUUUUUUGAGAUGAAAUUUGAAUUAAAAAAAGUAAUCGUUUUCAGGUCGGCAAAACUUUGAUCAACAGGACUCAAGGAACCAAGAUUGCUUCGGAAGGCCUGAAAGGGCGUGUUUUCGAAGUCUCCCUUGGAGACUUGAACGACAUUGAAGCUGAUUUCCGCAAGUUCAAGCUUGUGUGCGAAGACGUCCAAGGAAAAAAUGUUCUUACGAACUUCCACGCUAUGUCGAUGACACACGACAAGCUGUGCUCUAUCGUCAAAAAAUGGCAUGUACGUAUCAUUUAA